CCGUGACGGACAUCGCAGAUCGGAGAUAGAGAGAAAGAACUAUCAAGCAGAGUUACUAGAAGAGCAAGUAUUCCCGAGAUUCCAGAGAACCCCAAGACCGCUCUCCGACCUGAUGGCACUCCUUACGGUGGGCCACUCGCUGGUGGCCGGCCUGCUCUCGUUCGAGGGCCUCCUGCUGGUCGGGUCGCUAGCCCUGCUCUACUACUACUACGUGGUGCGCGCCCAGCGCUACUUUGCCGAGCGUGGCGUUGCCCACGUCCGGCCCACGUCGGUGCUCGGGAACGGGGCCGACUUCGUGUUGCGCCGGCGCCACGUGGCCGACGUGCUGUCCGACAUGUACCAGCGGUUCCGGCGGCACCGGUUCUUCGGCUACUACGACUUCCUGUCGCCGAUCUACGUGAUCCGUGACCUGGAGCUGGUGAAGCAGAUCUGCAUCAAAGACUUUGACCACUUCCUCAACCACCGGAUCGAGCUGGACGAGAACCACGAUCCACUGUUCGGCCGGGCGCUGUUCGCGAUGCGGGACACCCGCUGGCGGAACAUGCGGGCCGUGCUGAGUCCGGCGUUCACCGGCGCCAAGAUGCGCCAGAUGUUCGGCCUCGUGACGGCGUACUGCGAGGCGGCCGUCCAGACGAUCCGCGCCGAGACGGGCACCGACGGCCGGUCGGACCUGGAGAUGAAGGAGCUGUUCCGGCGGUUCGGUAACGACAUCCUGGCGACGUGCGCGUUCGGCAUCGAGAUCAACUCGUUCCGCGACCGGACGAACGCGUUCUACACGCUCGGCAAGGAGCUGACCAACCUGGACGGCUGGCAGGGCAUCAAGUUCCUCGCGUUCAGCUCGUUCCCCCGGCUGAUGCGCCUGCUCCGGUUGCGCCUAUUCAGCGAGCGUAUGACGCGCUUCUUCCGGCACGUCGUCCGCGAUACGAUCGCGCAGCGCGAACAGCAGCGUAUCGUCCGGCCGGACAUGAUCAACCUGCUGAUGGCGGCCCGCAAACAGGAGCUAAAGUUCGACGAGAAUGAGAACGUCGUCGAGGAUGAUGGCCAGUCGGGGCACCCGAAGCGCACGAUGGACUGGACCGACGACGAUAUGGUGGCACAGUGCACGGUGUUCUUCUUCGGCGGGUACGACACCGUGUCGACGCUGUCCGCGUUCAUGGCCCACGAGCUGGCCGUCAAUCCGGACGUGCAACGGAAGCUUCGGGACGAGAUCGACGAGGUGCGCACCAACCUGGGCGGGCGACCGUUCACGUACGAAACGAUGCAAUCGAUGGCGUACCUCGACAUGGUCGCCCAGGAAACGCUCCGCAAGUGGACGCCCGCCCCGUUCCUCGAUCGCCUUUGCACCAAGCCGUACGAGCUGCGGGACUACGACGGCAACACGGUGCAGCUGCGGAAGGGCGACGGUCUGUGGAUUCCGGCGUGGGCGAUCAUGCGCGAUCCGGAACUGUUUCCCGAGCCGGACCGCUUCUACCCGGAGCGCUUCGCUGCCGGUGCGGUCGAUCCCACGACGAUGCUCGCGUUCGGGCUGGGGCCACGGAACUGCAUCGGGUCACGCUUUGCCCUCAUGGAAACGAAGGCCGUCUUUUAUUACCUCCUCUCCACCUUCCACCUGGAGAUGGGCCCGCAAACGCAGCACCCGAUACGGAUGAAGGUCAGCUCGCUGGGGCCGUCCGCUGAGAAAGGUUUCUGGAUUCGGUUCCGAGUCCGGAGCAGCCAGCAGCAGCAGCAGCAGCAGCAGGAGGCCAACUGAUGAGCAAGCUCUCCCCCCCCCCCCCGCCCAAUCAACCCAUCAACCCGUCCUAUCAACAUGCGACGCCACCACCCCGGGGGGCCAGACUCGAUUGGUAGCAAUUGAGGUCGGAUCCGGGAUGAGGUCGGGAUGGGGAAUCCGGGACACGAACACGACGCAGGAUAAUUGAAAAAAAAAACGGCUUUAUGAUACCCAAUUCGGAGUCGGUGGAGUCGGGGCCGGGGUGGUUGCGGUUGCGGGUGUGGGAGAUGGUUUACAAUUUUCAUUCCUUGCCGAGAGGACCAAGGUCGUCAUCCGGGACGUGGCCAUCAUAAAUCGUUCCAAUUUUAAAAACGAAUAAAUCGAAAC